CCCCGCUUUUCGGCCUACUUCUACUUCCUGGCGGCAGCGUGUGCGUUGUAGCUUCGCUCUGGUGAAAGAGAGAACCUCCACAGUUUGAUCUUUAUGUGGUUUGUUUGAUUUGUUUGGGUUAUUUUUUCUGUUUUUAAUCGUCGACAUGGUGAAGUUGUCGGCAGAGUUAAUUGAGCAGGCCGCUCAGUACACGAACCCGGUCAGAGACAGAGAGCUGGACCUGAGAGGCUAUAAAAUCCCUGUGCUGGAAAAUCUCGGCGCCACUCUGGACCAGUUUGACACCAUCGACUUCUCCGAUAAUGAGAUCCGAAAGCUGGAUGGGUUCCCUCUGCUUAAGAGGCUGAAGACGGUCCUAAUGAACAACAACCGCAUCUGCCGAAUUGGGGAAAAUCUUGAGCAGUCGUUGCCAAACCUGAAGGAGCUGGUUCUUACAAGUAAUAACAUCCAAGAACUGGGUGAUCUGGAUCCUCUUGCUUCAGUGAAGACCUUAACUCUUCUCAGUCUUUUAAGGAAUCCAGUAACCAAUAAGAAGCAUUACAGGCUGUAUGUCAUUAACAAGCUUCCACAGAUACGUGUUCUGGACUUCCAGAAGGUCAAACUAAAGGAACGUCAAGAGGCUGAGAAAAUGUUCAAAGGCAAACGAGGUGCUCAGCUUGCAAAGGAUAUUGCCAAGCGCACGAAAACGUUCACUCCGGGAGCUGGCCUGCAGGCUGACAAAAAGAAGAUGGGACCAUCUGCGGCGGAUGUGGAAGCUAUCAAGAAUGCCAUCGCAAAUGCCACAUCACUGGCUGAGGUGGAGAGGCUGAAGGGACUGCUCCAGUCUGGCCAGAUCCCUGGAAGGGAAAACAGACAAGAUGCACAGAGCAUGGUGGAAGAAGAGGAAGAGGAGAUGGAGAGGGGGAUGCAGCCUGAGUCUGUAUCGAUGUACGAGGCUGGUGGUGGAGAUGAGAUGGAAGGAGGAGAGGAUCAGGAUGGAAUGAACAACAUGGAGGAAGACAUGCAUGUUAAUGGGUCGUAGUUCAUAUUAUGUGUGGAUAACCAGUAGAGGUCUCAAGUCCUUCUUUGGAGAUUUAGUGUGUAUGUCUGGCAGAGCAUAUGAUGUGUUUUGCCAUCUUUAUUUUUUUAAGUUAAACACAUUAAACCAAUAUUUGUAAUAAAAUUGCUUUGGCUUUCUUUUGUAAAUAUUAACUUUUGAGGUCCAUUCAACCCACUGGAAUUUUGUAUUAAACUAAAUUGCAUAAACA